UCGCUGGCUGCCCUGUUGAUUUUUGCGGUCAAUGAUCUCUCUUGUCUCUUCCUUCAUUGUUAUGAUGGUUAAUUAGAGUUGUGUGUUAAACACAGGUGUAGCUGCUACCAUUUGAAUUCAAAAACAAUGAAUGUCUUCUGUGGCUUCUGUCAAAUGUAUCGUAGUUCACUCUCUUUGACGGUAACAUUGUUCUUGAUCCUUCUGAACUUCAAAACCAUCAGUGGGCUGUGGAGAUACAGAAAUGUUUUGGACAACGAGAAAUUAUUCACAACGGGAAAGCCGUUUGAGCUUUCUUAUGUAGAAGGACCACCAUUUAUUAAAUGGUCGUCAAAAUGUAAUAUACAGGAUCCUUGGGCCCCAACUACUAAUAUAACAUGCUUCGGAGAAGGCUUCUUCGCUAUACAGCCAAUUGUCUAUUCACCUUCGCCUCCAGAGACAAGAUUUGUUUAUAUUUCAAAAUUGCCUAUGACCUUUGUUUGGUAUGCUGCCAUUCCAGCUGAGGGGAAUUCUGGGAUGACAAAGACAAUGAGAAUAUGGAUUAUUGAUCCUUUUGAGGCCCAUUCAUCUGAAAUAUCCAAGAUGGCUGAACUUCCCUCCCUGCAAUCUUACUACCUCACCAGACAUUUCUACAACCUGGGUCAGUUCGCUAGAGUCACACUGCCAUCCUCCACCACCAAGAUUGAUGGGCAAUUCACCAAAGAUGGUUACUGGGAGGCGGUAAUGGAGUGGAACCAAACAUAUCUCACAGUGGAAUUAGAUGGCCAGAGCGUCAGUUUCCAGCAUCGCUACGUCUUGGAUGGUUCCUUUAACUUUUACUGGGAGCCCAUCGAUAACGAUUACAGUCAAACGCCAAUUUCCAUAAAGUUGGAGCGCAUGAUGCUGCCUAUGCUAUCCAUUGACCCCUGUGCAACUCAUCGAUCUAUCUUCAUGACUAAGUCGGCCAUAUUCCUCACCUUAGAUGGUUUUCGGAGUUCCAGCCCAUUAUCUGUGCUCUCUGUUUACCCCAUCCCAUGGGGUUUUAUCUCGGUUCGCAAUGCUAUCCUGCUAGACGGUGGCAUCAUGUUACACAUUGGAGACGGUCUGUAUUGGAGGACAGACGAGACAAAGUUCUUAGACACAAGCUCAGACAUUUUCCUGCAGGAUGUGAAGGGGAUUGUACAGAGGACCACAUGUUUGGACAACAACCUGCCGCAAGAAGGAGUGGAAUUUGGACAGGUUGUGAUUUGGAAAUCGGACACUCUGUAUUUGGGGGGUAGUCGGACCACUUCCCAGGGUACAAAAGGGAUCUUCUCUACAAAGCUAUUUACAAUCCCUGAGGUCUACAUUAUGGCUGUGGCUUUUGGCUCAGACCCACAUGUGGUUGCUGUUGUCUGUCAGGACUUAUUCGGCGACAUCCAACUAACUCUGUUCAAUCAGAUAACGCAAAAGGCAACCACCAGCACAUUCCUAACAAAAUUCCCUACACCUGACGACAUCCCCUCAGGUUUCUUACAAAUGCGCUUCUUUGAAUCGGCCAAGGAGUCGCUGUUGCUGUGGAAUGGCACCGCUCUUUGGUACAGUUUCUAUGAUGACAGCGAUUGGGGAGCACUGAAGUUGUCCAAUUUCAGUGACCUCAGCUCAGCUGCUUCGGGUAGCAAGAUACAGGAAAUAGUGCUUGAUCACAAGUGGAACCUUGUGGUAAAGAUGGCAAACAACCAGAUGUUCUACUGCAAGUUUGGUGUGUCCAAGCUGAUCUCUGUGCUGCCCUGGGUUCCGUAUGAUCAAGAAGCCACUCUCUACGUGAACAAGAAUAAUGAGCUCAUAUAUGUAACUUUGGACAGCACCGUACAGUUAUUCCGCUACCCUCUGCAGUUGGAGAUUCUAGGCGCCAUGAAGGACGAGAUCAUUCACGAUUGUCCCUAUGUCACAUUUGAACACAGCAUGAACAAACAUAGCUACUACAUGGACAAGCGGCAGGAGGAGGUCUUCUGGGCUCAGGUGGUCUAUCCUGAAGGGAAGGGCGUGAAUGUGCAGGUGCUGAGGAGCAAUGUGGCACUGCUGGACUUCCACUUCUCCAGUGACUUUGAAUUUGUCCACAGGGUUUUCACAGUGAACGUGACCAUCAAAGUGAAGCAGGCGAAAGACUACACAUACAACUAUAUCGAUCAAAUGAUCAACUCACAGGGGAUGCUGAGAAUGGAGAUUGUUCCCAACCUGAUCGAAAACAGAUGCAACCUGCCAAAGGAGAGGGUGUCUUAUUUUAAAGUUGGCUGCCCACCUAAUCGACACAUUCGCGUUGCCAAGCCAUGGGGUAUGGAGUGUGAAAUGAAUACCUUCCAUAGCUACACCAUCCCUGGGUCUGUGUUCAGAACUCCACAAGCUGAUGAUGUGGUUAUGAAAUAUGACUGGAAUAAUCAUGGCUGUGUGUUCAAAAUGCACUACCAGUCUAACUUCAAACCUGUUUUGGAGCUGUAUGAUGGAAACACAUUUGUCAAAACGGUCGAUGCUAACUUCAUCGUCUGGGAGACAUUUGGUCGUAACGACUAUUCUUAUAAUACCACCAUGGGCCAGGCUGGUUGUCUUCGAGAGGCACUGACCUGGGAUCAGAUUAUAAAGCUUUACCCACAGUUCACGCUAGACGAUUUGCGGGGGCCUGAGGACUACCAGACCUGUUUUAUGUUGGAGCAGGGCCUUGCAGGAAAUUUUACACAGCCAUACGAUAUCUUAAACCAAAGCUCUAGCAACCACAUAACCUUCUCUCAGGAAGACAGUGCUGUGUAUGUCUUUAAAGCCAGGAUUGUGGACCCAAAUUACAGCUUCUGCGAUCUGACUGCCAUCUUUGCUGUUCAAACCUAUGGAAUCGCUAAAACGAAGUAUGAAUAUCUCAUCCCUUAUGUCACAUUGAUCUUUACAUUCAUAACUCUUUGUAUCCUAGCUUACAGUUACCACAGAUAUGUUUACAUAUUCCGUGAAUUACAAAUAAGGAAAAAAUGUGAUUGAAAACACUUGAAAAUAGAUAUUCUGUCAUGUACAGUGGUUCUUUUGAUUAGUAUAGUAUGUAGGUCAGUAUGGGCCAUAACUAGGGGAUGUAUUUUAUUAAGCUUCUUAGUCAAUAGGAGUAUAUACAUUUUAUGCAAGUUUGCAGAAAUAUAUAUUAUUGACAUAUGGGUUAAUGCUGUUCUCAGUUUAUUACAUUUACUGUAAACCACAUAUUGUUGAUAUAAACAAUGUUGAAUUAUUUGUAAUCCUUUUCAUUGGUUACACUGUGGGUUUCUGUUCUGUUACUGAAGAGCUUUAAUAGUAUUUUUUAACAUUUAAGUUAUAUUGGUUUUCUGAGACACUGGUUUAAACUGUGCUUCUUGUACUUUUAAUGAUCAAAAGUUUCCCCGUAUUAAAUUUCUUGCAAA